CCUGGUUGUCAGCUCGACGCGCCGCUGAUCGGGAUGGAGAACCGGCGGGAGGAGCAGCAGAAGCCUAUCCGCCUCAUCGCCGCGGUCUGCAGGAACAACGGGAUCGGGAAGGACGGGACUCUGCCCUGGAGCUUACCGACAGAAUUCCAGUAUUUUCUGAACACCAUCACCAGAGUGUCCAGACCAGGGAACAUGAACCUGAUGAUCUGGGGCAGGCUGUGCUGGUUCUCCCAUCCGGACACCGUCUUCCCGCUGGCCAACUCCCUCCACGCGGUGCUGAGCACAACGCUGACCGCCGUCCCAAACCACGCCCAGUUCCUGUGUGCGGACUUUGAGAGCGCCGUGCGGCUGGCGGCACUGCCCCCUCUGGCUGACAUCAUCGAAACCAUCUGGAUUCUUGGUGGGACGAAGGUUUAUGAGGACGCGCUGAAGCAUCCGUGGUGCGACCUUCUGUACCUGACAGACGUCAUGGCCGACUUCGACUGCGACGUCUUCUUCCCCGACUUUGACAGAGAAUUGUUUCAAGUGCAGGACGAGUUUCCUGACGUUCCGGGUGAAGUUCAGGAGGAGAACGGGAUCAAGUUCAAGUGCCAAGUUUUUAAGAGAGUGACUGUGGAGGAGCAGUAAACUCACAUGGGUGGGGGUUACAGCAACACAACUUUAUUCUUAAUUAAACCUUUAAGUUUACCUGCAGUGAUCAACCUCCAGCUUCAAAAAAUUAGACAAAAAUCUUGAAUAUUAUUCCAAAUGUGUUUUGUUGUCAAAAGUGUCUAUUUAGACUCUAAAAUCUGUUCAAACACAUUCAUCUGGAUUUCCUAAAACCUCAAAUCUGAGUUCCUGGCUUCUCUAACCAGCAGUUUAGCCCGACUCCAUGGAGCUCCAGUUCCUUUAGCCUCAAAUAUUUUGGAUCUUUUGUUCUGAGGAGCGGGACGGAUUAUUAAAUAAUCCAGGAAUGUCUCUAA